AUGCAUUUGUUCAAGUUCCUGGCCUUGACUGCGCUGACGCUCAGCUCCGCGGUCACCGCCGCGAAAAAGGGUGCCUCCGCCUCGUCCAGCAAGUUCGACACAUACCUAGGCAAGCAAGCGUCAUCCGCACCUUUCGAACUCGACGAGAAGGCAUACAAUGACCUGACGGUCGCACCGCGGGACUACUCGCUGGCCGUGCUGCUGACGGCGCGGGACGCCAAAUAUGCAUGCAAGAUCUGCCGGGACUUCGAUCUCGAGUGGAAGAUCAUUGGCAAUAGUUGGCAGAAGGCGGAUCGGAAGGGCCAGCAUCGUGUCCUGUUCAGCACCAUUGAUUUCGAUAAUGGGAGGAAUGUAUUCAUGAAGCUCCAACUGCAAACGGCUCCAGUCCUACUCUUCUUCCCACCCACAGUCGGCACAGGUGCCAAACCCGACGGCUCGCCCGUACGCUUCGAUUUCCUAGGUCCCCAGACCGCCGAGGGCGUGCACAGCUGGAUCCUACGACAACUGCCUGGCGGAGACUACCCAGGUGUGAACCGACCGAUCAACUACGGGCGUAUUGGCGCAACCGUGACGAUCCUGCUCGGUCUCUUUACCUUCAUCACCGUCGCAUAUCCCUAUAUCCUACCCAUAAUCCAGAACCGAAACCUCUGGGCUGGCAUCUCUCUCAUUCUCAUCCUACUCUUCACCUCCGGCCAUAUGUUCAACCACAUCCGGCGAGUGCCGUACAUCGCGGGCAAUGGGCGCGGUGGGAUCAGUUACUUUGCGGGCGGGUUCUCGAAUCAAUUUGGCAUGGAGACGCAGAUUGUCGCUGCGAUGUACGCAUUACUGGCAUUCGCAGCCAUCAACCUCGCCCUGCGCGUACCACGCAUCAAAGAUUCUCGAACGCAGCAGGUCGCCGUCAUCAUCUGGGCGACCGUGCUUUUCGGCAUGUACAGUUUCCUGAUGAGCGUGUUCCGCAUCAAGAACGGCGGGUAUCCAUUCUGGCUUCCACCCUUCUAG